AAAAAAAUACCACAUUAGCCACUGUUAAAAUUUCCUACUCAAAUUUUACUUCAUUUCCUCGUUAUUUGCCCGGCGUAAUUUCAGAGAUUAAUUUUGGGUCAUUUGCAGGUAUGUCUCUCAUUCGCUGUCUCAUUUUUCCAGGUAUCAUCUUUGGGAAUCAGUAUUUCACCAGUUCAUCCAGUUCCAAAUGAGUUUCCACGGAUUACAUAUUUGGAGCUUAAGUUGGGAUGACACAGGACGAGCACAGCACCCACAGGCCGGGUCUGGCCACGUGCCUCAGAACAGGGCCGAUGCCAGGGCCAUGGCAGCCCAGGGCAGCUGAGAGGGGCCACGAUGGGCGGGGCCAAAGGGUGGGGCUGGGGCGUCUGUGACAUCACAGUGCGUCACAAUGCGGGGCUGCUGUUGAGGCUGUCAGCAGGCAGCACCGCUCCACUUUGGCCUGGGCCAGCGAUCAUGGCUUUGGCGUUUGUCUUCGCCUUGUUGGCGCAGAGAGUACCUUCUGUUGGUGAUGAUUUGGAUGCAGACACGCUCGAACGCAUGCACCAGUAUGAGGUGUACAUGCAAGAGAAGAUGGCAAAGCUGCUGCUGGAGAUGGACAAGAAGUUUGCUGAGGAGAGCAGGAUGCAGGCGCAACGCUUGCACUUCUCCGCACUGCAGUCCUGGAAAAUUUGGGCCUUGGCUGUACUGCUGCUUGUCCUUCUCUUCUGCCACAUCUGGUACAGGAAAAGGCAAGCUCGACUACUGGCUGAGCUACGGAACGAAUGCAACUGGGAGAUGAGGGCGCCGGUGUGCCAUGGAGAGCCUGGUGACGUCACCUACAUGAGCAGGUUUUACUCCGAGUUCUCCAUUUGGCCGCUGAAGACCCGGGCAGACAAGUGCAAGGUGGUCGAGGAGCUGAUUGAUGAACUUCUGAGCGCCUGUCAGACAGUUCCCCAGAGCUACUUCAUGCCACGCCUGCAGCCAGCCAUCGGGGUGGGCGUCGGCUUUGAAGGCAGGGGUCCCGAAGGCUGCUACACCGUCUACCGCAUGCUCGUGCCCCUGAAGGCACCCCCGGGACACGUCUUCCACUUGGAGGUGGGCCCCAGCGCCAGGAUAGGGGUGAGGAACGCCUGCCUCCGCGUGGAGCUCCAGUGCAUGUGCGCAAGGGAGCAGCACAUGCCGCACAUGACCUGCUUCCUCCACCACCCUGAGGACCAGCUGAGGAGAGAGCAGAUGCCCAGCCUCCUACAAACCCUCUGCGUCGACUCCUACCUGGAAAUGGAGAAAACCGCAACCUGGUUCCAGGAACUGGUGAUGGAAGCCUGGGUGGCUAUGCCUCAGUCGGCCACAAUGAACCUCGAGUUGCUGCCCUCCAGCCGACACUGCAAGCUCAAGCUGACCACCGCCACCAGCAAAACCCUCUGGAUUGAGCUCAUUCUCGGCAUACAGCAAGACUCGCAAACGUACCUGACCUUUGAGUAAGCAGGGGCUGUUGUUAUCAGCGGCACGAGGUGGCCGCAGAGACGCGCUGCUGCAGAGACCCAUUUCUUCGGGAAGCAGCCACUACAGCACCUUACAUCUGAGGGAUUUCAAAAGAAACUGCUUACUUAAGGCAGUGGUUGCACAGCAAGACCAUAAAGACCCCUUUCUGAGCAGCCAGGAGACACAGACAGCUACACUCAUAUCCUAGUUGGCCACUGACAUUUCUACAUAUGCCACGGGAAUCCAGCCUUUUAGAUGCCUGGCCCACAAGGGGUGAAGAGGAAUUGUCUUCAGCCACACAGAAAACAUAGUUAACGUAAAUCAGUACAAACCAUUAUUUCAUCCAUGCAUAUGUUUUAUUAAAAUGUAAUAAACAUUAAAAACCCAACAACAACAAAAAAAACAAAA